GGCUCAAAAUGGAUCUCCAUAGCGCGGACAACUGCAAGUGCCACAAGCAGACGCAACCGGCCCAGCAGACGCUCAGCGACAUGGACUUUGAUCGCGGCAUCUGGAAUGCAGCUAUUUAUAACGAAGUGGAACGUGUGAGGGAAUUCAUUAAGAAGGGCCAGUCCAUGGCUCGCGAUGACUGCGACUAUACGGCUUUGCAUUAUGCGGCCCGCAACGGAAACGAGCCAAUCUGCAAGUUGCUCCUCGAGGAGGGCAAGGUGGACGUGAAUGCUGUGACCAAGGCGGGAGCUACAUCCCUGCAUCGGGCAGCCAUGAUGGGUCACUUGGAGAUUGUUAAGCUACUGGCGGAGCACAAGGCGAAUCUCCUGCUGCAGGACGAGUGCGGGCAGAGUGCCUUGCAUCGGGCAGCGAUGCGUGGCCACCUGGAGGUAUGUCGCUUUCUGCUGCAAAAGGAACCGGCACUCAAGCUGGUUAAGGACAAAAAGGAUAAAAUUGCAUUUGAAUACAUAAUGGAGAACGCGAACGAUGACUUCAAGCUUCUGCUGAAGCCCUAAAAGGGGUUGUCAUUUCCCAACCGUUCAGCAUAAAUGUAUUGUAUAGUUUAAGAACAAAAAUGUUUUCCGUUAAAACUUUAUUUUGUUUAUUUAAUCUGUCAACACGUUUUCUAUAAAAUUGCACCUGAAAUCGUUGUAAAAUUCUUUUUUAAAAAUUGCAUAUGUCCUUCGUUAGUUUUGCAUUGUGUGAGAGAUCGUUUGUAUAUGGAAAAGUAACCUUAAUGUUGGCGUAGUCAAAUAACCUAGUGGUACAUCUUAUAAUUCAUCUAUAUAGACUAUAUACAUGCCUAGUAAACAUAAAAUGUGAAAGUAAAUUAGAUAAGAACAAAAAUUCUGUGCCCUGGCGUUUUAAAAAUCACGAACAUUUGUGUGUGAAAUCUGUUCUAAAUUUGUAAUACAAUAUAAGAAUGUUAAUAUCACAUUAGAGUCGUGUAAAGAAGGUGUUAAUCAAUCUGGUGUUGCAAAAUUAAGAAUAAUACUAUAAAGUCUUAACACAUAUUUAACACAACCCUCUCCUACACACUCAUCGCCAAUUUACAAAAACUAUAUGCUGCAUAUAACCAUAUAUAUAAAACCUAUAUAAUCUGAAUAAAUUCCUAAAGCGCAAUCAAUCCCAA